GCGGGGACAGUGCGUGCAAAAUCCAUCUUCGACCGCACAAGGCAUGGAUUUCCUCCGGUCGAUCGAAGAGGACCUCAACUUGGUGGAGGCAGAGACCAAGAAGAAGCUGCCGGCGGUCAAGGAUGCAGCGGAGAAGGGCAUUGAGAAGAUUGGACAGAUACGACAGCUGUAUGCGCAGAUGCUGCGCGUGGAGGCGGCCCCCGGCCCGGGCAACGCCAUUUUCAAAUGCGAUGCCAUCCUGCGGCCGUUCCUUCUCGCGUGCAACCAUGCGACUGCGAGCCAAAAGCUGCUGAUUGCGUCGUUCAACAGCAUCCAAAAGCUCGUGUCGUGGGAUGCCAUCACGAGCGAGGCCGUGGGCAACAUCCUCCGCGUGCUGCAAAUCCAAGCCGAGCGCAACAGCCACCAAGACAUCCAGCUCAAGUUGCUGCAAACGUUGCUGCAGUUGCUCACGCUGGCGUUCAACAAAGGCGACGAACAAAUGACGAACGAAGACUUGAUCAGCCAAGCGAUUUGGAUCUGCCUCCACCUGCAAAGCCAGAGCGGCAACGCGAUCACGGCCAACACGGCCGUCAUGACGCUGCGUCAGGUCGUGACGAUGGUGUUCGACAACAUCACGACCGACGCCAAGAACCUUGACGGCGCCAAGAAAGUCGGCUUCCUCGUCUUCCAGGACUUGUGCCUCAUGAGUCGCGAAGAGGUCGGCAUGUGGCUGAAACGCACGACCUUCUCCAAGAUCCUUGGGGUUGAGCUGCUCGAAGCCGUGCUCACGUCCCACGGGUCCUUGUUCCGCUGCGACGUCGAGUUCCGCAGCAUGCUCAAGCAACAUGCGACGCAUCUCAUCGCGUCCAACUUGUCGCCGUCGACGCCGUUUCCACUGCUUCUGCGCAUCAUGCGCCUCGCGAGUACCGUCUUGAGCCAGUUUACCCCGCUUUUGCAGGAUGAAUGCAACACCAUUUGGCUCGGGCUCGUGGAAAUCGUCUCCACAGGAUCGUACUCGCCCAACAAGAGCUCGCUGACGCCCUUCGUUCCCAUGCAAAGGCGGUCGCAUCAGCACCACGACGCCUCGCCCCAGCUUCGGAGUAUGCACUCGUUGUCUUCGACUUCCGGCAGCACCCCCACCCCCCACGUGUCCCACAACAACCUGUCGUCGAGCGUGAAUUCCGUCACGUGGCAUGUCUUGCUAGCCAUGGAAGUCAUCUACAAAGCGUUAGGGGACCCGGAUGUGCUGCCGGCGCUGUCUUCGUACCCGAACCACCUGCUCCUAGUGCUCGCGCGCACAGUCGCGGCGGUGGUGGCCACGUCCCCGCCGUGCGACUACCGCCCCGGGCACGUCGAUGCCUCCAUGCCGUACCGAUGCGGCCUCGAGUACCUCAACGAGCAGGACGCCCCGCCCCUGCAGCCGUUUUACAACGUGCUGCGCAUCUCACUCUUGUGCCAGUACCACGUCCUCACGGUCCUCCACGCCAACGACCGCCACCUGAGCCCUCUGCGGGUCCAGUACAUCCUCUGCUCCGUCGCACCCUUUGUCAUGAACGCAUUGCACUGCACGAUGCGGUUCUGCAGAGAAGCCGAGCUCGUCACAGUCGCUCUCAAAGGGUACCACCUGCUCACAAACGUCAAUGCGCACUCGCGGGACCGGAUACCCCUCGACGGCCGCCCCAUCGGGGUAUUAGCCAUCCAAGCGCUUUGUGUGUUUUCGUUCCCCGUGCCCCCAGACAUGUCGACGCGGGUGGUCAAGUGUAUAUCGGGCAAUGGGGCGGUCGUGACGAUCGAGGGGCCCGACGGGGGGGAUGGGGGGGCCAGCGACGGCAUGGCGAAUAGUGACCAGCAGCACCACCAGCAGCAGCAGUGUGUAUUGACGUGGAAGGAAAUGCACGCGAUGAAGACGCUGUUUCGAACGAUCCACACGAUGGAGCAAGAGCUCAACGAAGUCGAGUGGCGGACGCUGCUGGAAGGGUUUGAGGUGAUUGUGGGGCUAAGUGCGUUGAAGCAAAAGACCAAGGGCGUGAACCAGCGCAUCGGCACCGGUCCGAGCGCAGUCAAAGUGGAGGACGAGGACGUCGAGCAGCAGCUCGUCAUGCUGGGCCAGUCCAUCUUGGAGUAUUUCACCAACACGUCGGCGUUGCACCCGUCGUCGUUGCUGCACAUCCUGCGGGCGAUUCGAAGCAUUUGCUACGACCAAAUCAGCCACCUUCCCCCCGCCGCUGCCCCCACUAGUAGUAGUACCGUUGCAUCCCAGUCGUCCACCGACGACGCGAUGCUGGUCGAAGAGGAACUCCAGCAGCUGCUGGCGCUGUGGUCCCCAGACCAGCAAACCGCGUGGGAUGUGCUCAGUGUACCGUUUGGCCUCCACGUCAAAACAUUCGAGACGACGUUGGGCAUCGGUGGAGGUGGCAACAACAACAGCAAUGCUGCACCGUUUACACCGGCGUUUUCACUGCGUAUGUUUGUGCAGCUGGCCAAAGCCAACGUGGACGCGUGGACGUUUGUCAUGGACGAACUCGUGGGCUUUGUGUGUCUGUCCCCGACCUCCUCGUCCUCCCCUUCUUCAUUGCCGUUUCAAAUGUACGCGACCGACGCCGUGUUCCAACUGGUCCAAGCUGCGCUCACAACCAUCCCGUCGCUGAGCCAAUCCACAGUCACCGCGUACGUGUUGCGCGCGAUUCAAAGCGACCAGAUGAAGGAAAGGGCGCUAGUUGGCCUGCUGGACCUGCUUCAGACCACGGGCCACCUCAUCACACAGGACGCAUGGCCAGCCAUCCUCGAGGCCCUCGGCACGAGCGCCGAAGCCGACGCGCGGUGCCAGGUCGUGGCGUUCAAAAGCCUGCGGCUGAUUGUUGACGACUUGGUCGUGGGUAUGCAGAGUCCGUCCCGCCGCGCGUGCAUCGCGUGCGUCGGCGUGUACGCUUCGUGUGCAAAAGACGUCAACAUCAGCCUCACAGCGGUCAACGAGCUGUGGACACUGGCCGACACGAUAGCCAAGCGGAAAACUACUUUGACGGACGACGACGAUGAAGUGGCUUUGUGGCCCACGGCGUUCUCCGAGCUCAAGCAGAUUGCGCUCGACACGCGGCCAGAAGUGCGCAAUUGUGCGAUCAACACUCUGUUUGGGACGGCCGUGACGCACGGCGCGCAGUUCCGGCUCGUGGAAUGGACCAUCUUCUUGCAGGGCACGGUGCUGCCGCUGGCCCAUCAGCUGUCUGCCGUCGUGGCGUCGGACGCCAAGAUGUCCGUAGCUGACGGGGACGUGCCACCGCUAACUCCGGUCGUGGUAUUGCAUCAUUCUCGAGACAGUGUGGCCAAACAGUACGACGAAUCGCGGGUGCUCGUGCUGGCGGGCGUGAGCCGCGUACUGCAGACCAACACGGCGUCGCUCCUCCUCCAUGCCGACUGGUUUGUGACAGUGUGGAAGGACCUGAUUGGGUACAUUGCCGCCAGUUGUACCGACCCGUCCAGCUCCAAGGAAGUGGUGCUAGCUGGCAUUCAAACGCUGCACACGUUGCUACAGAUUGCCUCGACGUCGAGCCAGGACCUGUCUCUGGCCCCGUUGCGAGCUGGCGUCGGCAUGCGCGUCGUCAACGGCGUGUGUACUUCCACUUCAGACAGCCUUGACAUGUCGGCGAAAAAGAAGCCGACUCUCCUCAGUCGAGACCCGCAGCUGUGGACCCAAGCGUUCGAGCUGCUGCUCCGACUCGCCCACGAUCGAGCGACUGGCGACGUACCAAGCGCCCAAGACCAGGACAUUGCCGGCGCAAUGGUGACCGUGUUCGUGUCCAUCUACCUCCAGUCCAAGGACACGGAGCUCCACGACGUGGUCCAGCUCGACCGCAUCCUCCACGUGUUUGAUCAGAGCAUGCACCGGUUCGUGCUGACCACCCAACCGAACGCGCCGCCGCUCGUGAUCACGACCAACAGCCUCCAUGCCCGCAUCCUCAACAGCUACGACGAGUGCGGGUACUUUGACGAGGCCGUACACGUGGCCAUCGUCCGCCACGUGGUCGGGUUUGUGUCCGCGGCGGCGUCGGCGCCGACGCUGGUGUUUGUGCUGCGGCACGCCCUGCAAUGUCUCGCCAAGAUGUACGAGGGCGUGAGUCCGGUCGCCCAAUCCGCCACGUUUGCCGAAGUCUUAGCAGUUGUGCGGCCCUUUUUUAAUUCCAAAUCGAAAACCAACGUCGUGCCAGCAUCGGUAUCGGCCACCGACCGAGCCGCGAUGACCAUGUGGCAACAUGCACUCAAAGUGCUCUUGGCACUGAUCGGGUGCGGGAUGCCGACAGUGCCACAGUCGGGCGUGGCGGCACUGCUUCAAGUGGUGGAAGGCGUGCUCCACCCCGGGGAUACUCUAGCCGACGACGACGUGGUGGCGUUGCAACUGGCCGUGCUGGACCGCCUCGUCCGUGCGAUGAUGCUGAGCCGGUACGAAGACGCCGCCCUCGCCAGUCGGUUCGCGGCGCUGCUCCAGUCCAACGACGACCCCCGCGUCGCGUCCGCCUGCAUCCAGCACAUGACCAUUCUCAGCGGUCCCGCCAACCCGAACCGUGCGCUGCGAGACGUGUGUCGGCAGCAGCUCAACGCCGUGUUUGUCCAAGCGAUUGCUUCGUUUCUUGAAGGGGCCACCUCCCCAGGCGGCAUCGCGAAUUCGCACCGGAAUCGGGUGGUCGUGCUCUUGACAACGUGGAAUCGGAGUCCGCAGAGUGUGCUCGAAGUGUUUUCGUCGCUAUGUCAGUGCAUCACGUGCGACGACGCUGAAGUCCGGGGGUUGGUCCAGCGAAUACUGAUCGACUCGGACGUUGCCGCCGUCUGCUUGCCACUGUUGCAACUGCCACACAAGGACCAGCAUGGAUUCUUGUAGGGGGGUGGGGGGUGCUAGCUAGCUACAUGUAACAACAUGUCCAGUUCGACCCCAGUAAACUGAAUAAACAUAUCGUGUUGAGUCGAAA